AAGGCAUGACCAAGAGAAUCUCUGAAAUGGUCCAAGAAGUAACCAUAAAGAGAAGACCACCCAUCGAUUUGUCCGCCAACUGAUCACCAUCACCAUCACCACCACCAUUCUUGGGCUGAUUCACGAUUCACCCAAUUCAGCCUCCGAUGCUGACUCUUGGGCUGAUUCCACCCUCAUGACUUUCGCUCCCGCCUUCAGCUUUCUCACCGAACUCGGAUGCGGCUACGUCCUCCUCUCCUGCUUCUCGCGCCUCCUCAACCUCCUCGGCAUGUUCCUCAUGCUCACCUUCUGCAUUAAGUUUCUCCGCUUCGCUUGGCACGCCAAGAACCACUUUCGCUUCUUCUGCGAUUCCGGUGGCAUCCCCAGAUACCGUAUCAUCCUCGAUUACGACACUCUUCCAGAACCUCCCAAGUCCAAGGUCGCCGAAAUUGACCCUGCCAAAUCCCCUUCCAUCACCGGCCUUUCCCCCUCCAAGAGAGGCAGUCGAGGCAACGCCUAUUCCGAAGAGGCAUCCGACACCGAGAGCUUGAUUGUUGAUGAGGACGACGUGUUCGACGUAAUCUCUCUUAGGAGAUUGGUCAAGAUGGAGCGCCGCAAGGCCAAUGUCGCCUGGUCCGACCUCGAGAAGGAGCGCACUGCGGCUGCCUCCUCCGCCGAGGAGGCCAUGGCCAUGAUCCUCCGCCUCCAGAACGAGAAGAGCUCUGCCGAGAUCGAAUCCAACCAGUUCCGGAGAAUGGCGGAUGAGAGGCAGGGGUACGAACAGGAAUUGAUUGAGGAGCUGCAGUGGACGAUCAACCAGCAUGAGAUUCAGAAGAACAUUCUCGAAGAUCAGAUGGGAGUUUACAAGGAGGAGCUGAAGCUAUACAUCACCGAAGAGGAGCUAAGGGAGCUUGAGCGGCAGCUUGAGGUUGAGUUUGGUUUCGAUAAUGAUGAUGUUGGACCACCCCAUGACAUAUACGAGCAUGAAGCUGAAGGUGAUGCUGAUGAUGAAAACUCCGGCAAUUUUAAUGGUGAUGAAAACAGCGGUGAUGUUGAUGCUGAUGAGAAUAGUGACCGCGGUAGUGUUAUUAUUGCAGAUGAUGAUGAUGAUGGUGACUAUGAUGGUGGUAGUGUCGUUGCAGAUGAUGACGAUGGUGGCAGUGUUGUUGCAUAUGAUGACGAUGGUGGUAGUGUUGUUGCUGCAGAUGAUGACUAUGGUAGCAGUGUUGUUGCAGGUAAUGACGAUGGUGGCAGUGUUGUUGCAGGUAAUGACGAUGGUGGUAGUGUUGUUGCAGAUGAUGACCAUGGUGGUAGUGUUACUGCAGAUGAUGACCAUGGUGGUAGUGCUGCUGCAGAUGAUGACGAUGGUGGUAGUGUUAUAGCAGAUGAUGACGAUGGUGGUAGUGCUGCUGCAGAUGAUGAUGAUGAUGGUGGUAGUGUUACUGCAGAUGAUGACCAUGGUGGUAGUGUUACUGCAGAUGAUGACGAUGGUGGUAGUGUUGGCUCAGGUGAUGACGACCCAGAACCAGAGGAUCGUUCGGAUCAUGCAGUAGUUAGCUCCCCUAAAACCCAAUCACGGGAAUUGUUUACAUAUAAAUUUAGUGGGGCACUUUAGGAUCUGAUGCUUUGGGGGUAUGUAAUCAAGUACUGUGCAUGCAAUGGGUGUGGUGGGUUAGUCUCUCUUACCUUACUGGAGUAUCUGCCAAUCGGGAUUUUGGAGGGGAACUGGGAAAGGACGAGUAAAAGGGAUGUCCCUUUACACUUCAAACAACCCUCUAAGCGUUUGAUUUUGGCUCUUCUUGCUCUAGGAUCUCAAAGUUCUUAUUUUGUUCUCGAGUACACUCUACAAAGAUAGUUUCAUAUCACAGUUUAACUAUGAUGACUGAAUUGCGUUGAUCAACUUGUGUCGCAAGAAUCUAAAUGCUUAUAGGCUGGGAUAUGCUGUUGACAAUGAUGUAUUCGCCCAAAGUUUCAGGUUUACUUGUGUAACUUUGUUUCAUGAAUUGCAUAUUUUUAACACUUGAACAUGCUGCAGGGAUUAUUUCAUUAUUUGAAGUAGACAUAUUAAAUUAGUAAAU